AUGCCUGCUGUCCUCGAGCCGCUGCUGAUCCUGCAGUCGCUGCCGAUCCUGCAGUCGCUGCUGGUCCUGGAGGAGUUGCGAAUUUGGGGACCCUUCGGAUCGGGGGACACAGGUGAUCCCUCGCGAAGCGCACCUUGUGCAUGCCUGACCCCAAGUCUGCCCUCCGGAGCACUUGGCCUUGACGGAGCGGCAUUGCUCACAAGCACUCCUCACUCGUCUUCGCUUGGUGCCAGCCUGGGUAAAUUCUAA